CCACCUCGCCGACCACUACGACAUCGACGUGUCAUCGAGCGCUGGCUGUGCCUGGAGAAGAGCUGGUAUAUCAAUCAUGAAGCGCUUCUCGAGCAUCGACCUGCCCUCGUCAUUAACCUACACCGUCUACGUUGAGCAGAAGUUUCUAUCAUUGACCACGAACACCCAGUGCUUGUCAAGCGAAAACUGUGUAAGGCGAACUCCAUCACAAUCACCCCACAAAUGGAUCCCCCAUGCGAAGAGUGCAUCAAGGGCACCAUCCACCACGGCCAACCCCAGGGCACCGAAGAAGAAAUCCACGGCCUGAAUACCUACGUGGUCGGCAACCGGACCAACCCGAGCGGUAUCAUCGUGGUCUACUCAGACAUCUUCGGCCUCCCAUUGCCCAACAACAAACUGAUCGCUGACGCCUACGCCAAAAGCGGGCAGUGGCUGGUCUAUCUCCCCGACUUCUUCAAGGGCGACCCCGUGCCGCUCAAGACCGCCGAUGUUCUGAUCCCAGUCGACGCAAAAAAGCAGUCGACGCUGGCGAAGUACACGGGCCUUCUCGCAAAGGCGCCGUCGCUGGUCAUGUGGAUGGCGCGGCACAAGGAAGGGCCAACCAACAAGGUCUGCAUGGAUUUCCUGCAGGCGCUGAGGCGCUCGACCCCCGCAAGCCAGAAGAUCGGCAUGGUCGGAUUCUGCUGGGGCGGCAAGUAUGCGAUUCGGGCCGGGCUGGAGAGCAACAUGAUCGAGGUUGAUGGCAAAAAGGUGCCCCUCGUGGAUGCCGUGGCGGCCAUGCAUCCGAGCCAUCUGUCCCUCCCAGGCGACGUCGAGACUCUGGUCGUCCCCGUCAGCAUUGGAUGGGGACUGGAGGAUCAGGGCGUCAACAUUGAGCAGAAGGGCAAGGUGGAAGACAUCCACGCGAGAGCAAAGGCAGCGGGGAGGAAGAUGCCAGAGGUAGAGCACAGGGUCUAUAAGCCGGGACGGCAUGGGUUUGCUGUACGAGGCAAUCCAGACGAUCCAGAGGAGCGGGAAUGUCUGGAGGGCUCGGAGAAGCAAGUCCUGGACUGGUUCGCCCGCUGGCUUUGAAAUUCGCUAGGAGAUUUGGAGUUCGCGUGUCGGUCGAGCGAAUAGUGAGUGGUAUGAAAGACUGGUUAAUCCGCUGAUAGUAGAUCUGUAAGUUAUGUUGUUGGCGAACAUCGCAAUCUCACGCUAACCGAUCGAGCGACUCUCGUAUCACUCUCCACCACUGACCACUACUUGUCUUCCUUUGCGCAGCCUCGGCAGGUGAAUAGGCACAAUAAGACUCACAAUGAGCACUGAAGCAACCACGGCGCAGACAAAAGUGGUCCGCAAGGAUGCAGCAUAUGCGUCAAUCACUGUACCAAGCGUUAGCAUUUCCUCUGCUAGGGUCGACCACGAAAAGGGAGGGAAUCACCAACCUCGUCCUUGUGCCUGCGGGUCAAGCAACCCAAUCUCCUGCACCGACGACCUUACUUUUCGAAUAACGUCCUCGUCUGCCACAUACCUCUCCAAGUUCGGAAGCAAGCUGUUCUGGAAGACCAGGCUCGAGAUAGCAACCCCCAAAACCACCCCUAGAUUCCGCCACAGCCCAAUGGUGGUCGUUACCACUGCUUGGUUGGCCUGCUCAGACACCGCCAGGGCGCUCAUCAUGGUGUUCGGGAAGACAAAUCCCUGUCCUAAUGGUACUCCGGUGAUGAGGAUCAUGCUCACCGUAGCCGAGGUAUUCUUGGUCAUGAAGAGAAUGGCCACCGAGCCGGCAAGGUACAUGAGACU